AUGUUGCUGCGGGUUCACAAAGCAGUGGACGCCUACAUUUCCCACAAGAAAUUGCGUCAAAGGAGCGUGUCCUUAAACGUAGGGGGCAUUGGGAUUGCUAGGGAUGUUUCCAUCAUGGCGGCAUCCAUUUCAGGCUACACUUUCACUUCUGUGUGUUAUCACAGCGCUAACAGCAACUCAGAUCACGAGGGCUUCCUAUUAGGAGAUGUAAGGCAGGAAGAGACUGUCAGCAUCAGUGAUGCACAGAUUAGCAGUUCGGAGCUGCUGCAGGUAGUAGAAAUUCAUAAUCAUCACCCUUGUGCACAUUUAUUUAGCUUUUACGACUACGCAGGUACAGUCAGUGAGGAAAAUCUCAACAGCAUUCUUAAAGAUAGGCGAAAAAAUGUCAUCGGUUGGUAUCGAUUCCGGAGAAACACGCAGCAGCAGAUGUCGUUCAGGGAGCAGAUCAUCCACAAACAGCUCACUCAGCUGCUCGGUGUGCCCGACCUCGUCUUCCUUCUUUUUAGCUUCAUCUCUACAGCCAAUAGCUCCACGCACGCACUGGAGUAUGUGCUCUUCAGGCCGAACCGAAGUAGGUACAACCAGAGGAUUAUACUCACGAUCCCAAAUCUCGGCAACACAAGCCAGCAGGAAUACAAACUCUCCUCAGUACCCAACACCUCACUCAACUAUGCCAAGGUCAUCAAAGAGCACGGCGCCGAGUUCUUCGACAAAGAUGGUGUAAUGAAGGAUAUCCGAACAAUAUACCAAGUCUACAGUGCCCUACAAGACAAAGUGCAGGCUGUUUGUGGAGAGGUGGAGCAAAGUGAACGUGUUAGAGAAAAACUUCAAGACGAGGUGAACAAACUCAAACAACAGAUCGCUCUCAGGAAACGUUUAGCUGCAGAAGAGGAAAGAAGACUCCGUGAGGACUCGCGCUCCCUGCCUGAAGAGAACGCGGAACCCUGCGAGGCAUCCUCCAUUCUUUCCAGAAUAGCUUUUGACGCACCCUCGGCCCCGGAGCGACCCAGUACCUCACCAAACCCCCCAUCAUACACUGACCUCUUAUCCCAAGAUGACAAUCUGCUCUCCUCCUCUUCCCCGCCGACCAGGGCUGCUCUGUUGCCUCGGCCCCAAGCUGUGGGCUCACCGGGUCACCCGUCCCCCAUUCCCGUCCAGACAGACCUGGCACUUGGGCUCAGGCAAGGCAUGGGCCUCGGUGUCAGUUUAAGUCCUGUUAGCACUCCCAGCACCCCGUACCUCGGCAAUGGCGAUGGCUCGAGCUCUGAUUCUUUAGACAGACAAGCUGCUGGGCAAGAGGAUGAUGAUGACGAGGAGGAUGAAGAUGAUGCAGACGAGGACAGUAGUGAAUACGAGAACUUGGUGAGCGAAGGGGCUCAUUUGCCUCUGGUCUCAGCCAGUGUUUUAGCUCAAGGCCGACCAGCUGCCCUCGGCCCCGACGGCGAUGCCCACGACUCACAAAUGACAUAGAAACACGCUACCGAACGGGAGAGGGACACGAGUCAUCGACACACCUGUUAACGGCGGGAAUCUGAAGCAAUCAAAGAUGAGCAAAUGUAGACAAAAGGAAGUGCCAGUCCUGAAAGAGAAAGGCAUACACGCAUGGUUUCCCACUGGGUAGUUUGUCAUAGUUUAGGGGAAACCUUGCAAGGCUUUGCAGAUAUGUCUCACUGGGGUAAAACUUGUCUGUUUUGUUUUUUGUUUUAUAUAUAUAUAAAUAUUCUUGAGGCCAUUCAAGGUACUUAAAUGUGGAUCUGUCUGAUUUCUGAGUCAGAUGUGGAUUCAACAAAGCAAUUUCUGCCAGCUGGUUGGCUAAUUUGCUUGUGAUAAAACAGCUCUACACUCUUUGUUUGUUUUUCUGCAUUCUUUGUGUUGGGCUUGCAUCAAAGGCUGAAGGUUUGUUUUUUGCAUUACUUCUUGCACAAUUCAUUUUCUUAUUCCCUUUUUUUUCCCUUUGAGAAAUCCCUUUAAGAAAGUAAAAGGGACAUGUUCUGCUGCCUUUAAACAAUAUUAAACAAAGGCAAAUGAUUACUGACUUAUUUGACUCUGUUCUACAGCAUCUGAUGACUAAAGCAAACUGUUGCCUGUUUGAACGAUGAAUAGAUUUCAAGUCAAAUUUGCUCUGCCACUUCCACAAUAGGUGCUUUAUACUCAUAAUAUGUAUAUGUAUUGUCACAUUAACAGUUUGUCUACUUUGAUUGAGAAUAUUAGUGACUUGUCUCUAGGAUUAUGUUCAUGUGUUUUGCUGCACUUAAAACUUAAAAUUCCUUUUUAUUUUUGCUUUACCAAUGCUGGCAUAUUGUGUCCUUUUUACAGACUUGGCUUUUGUUUUUUCUUCUCUUUAUUUUGCAUUGUACAGAGUUCACAGAGCAAACACAGUGUACUGUAGCUUUACUAACAAAAUGCUUAAAGUUCCCUUUGCUGCUGCAACACAGAGAGAGCCACUAGUAAAAGUUGCUUCUAUCUGUUCAUUUUCAUAUAAAAACCUGGCUGCUACCUUCGUUUUUACCGUGCUGGUUGUCUCAAUACUACUGACAGUGCUCAUAUAACCACUUCCAACACGCUUUAUUGAGCGGCACGUCCCUAUGAAAUGAAUCUCAUUGCCUUCUUGUCUUUGCUUAGUUAACAGCAGUGCUAACGCAUUCUCCCCUGCUUGGGCCAAUGUUGCGUGUGUGGACCUAGAUAAUGUGAUGAUUUUUAUUUAUUUAUUUUUUUUUUUCAUAAGACAUUACUCUGCUUUAGUAUACAGUGCCUUCCACUCUGGACAGUCUGUGUCUGUGCUCAGAAUCAAGAUUUUAGUAGAGUAGUGAAAGUAGAUGAACAUCGUCUGUCUCUUCCAUCAUCAGCUUCCAGAAGUUUUUUUUUUUCCUUCUUUUUGUUUUUUGUUUUUUUUUUACUUUAAGGUACUGCAACUAUUUCUUCACUGCCUAAAUAUUUUCCAUGUAAUAGGCAUGGGCCAGUUUUAAUUAAAAAAUAUAUACUGUCAUAUCAAUUUAUUUCAACAAAGAUUUAAAACAAAUAAUCUAAAUCAAUUCAUUAACAAAGCAAAGGCAAUAAUUUUUACUGUUACUAAAAUAAUCUUUCUUUGUUGACUUACAGGUAUAACACUUUCUGAAACCUCUGUUAUUUUAAUUUUGUACUUGGUCUACUAAUCUACUCCUUUUGUGACAGUGCCAUGAUUUAUGUGUUUGUGCUCAGUGUGCUUUUCGUAAUGGGAAAUGGUUACAAAUAGCAUAAUUUGUUUGGUAUAAGCAAGGGAAAAGUGCUGUUUCUUUCAGGAAGCUGGCUGGCAGUGGACAGUAAAAGAGGAGAGUGAGCCCUUCUGUGCUCUGCACAGCAAAGCUUCAAGGGUUUAGUUCAUUGGGUCAGUAAUCCUCAAAGUAUGAUAACUUGAGUGAAGAGCUGUUUCCAAAAUGAGACUUUAUGAAAACUGGAAAUAUUAAGAGAUUGGAUGUUACAAAUGCCAUUUUCUUUCACAUAGUAUUGAAAAGACUAAACUGACGUAUUUAAAACUUCAGAAUACAAUUAAUAAAUAGGUAAAUGGCCCAUGCCUAUUGUCUACCUGCAUCCUGAGUUUAUUUCUCUUGCUCUCCUGUAUCUCAAAGUUGUGAUGUUGGUUUGGUUGCCGACUUGCUUGAAACUGGAAAUGCAGCCAAGUCCAAUGAACUGAGAAGCCUUCAAGAAAAAGUUGAUGACCAUCAAUGCGUUUGCAGAUGGCGCCCACAGGAGCGGUGGAUAACUGGGUUGUUGUGGAACACCUUUUGCAUGAACCAGUGAUUUCUAGUCACUGUUAAAUUUAGCAUGGACAUAGCUUGCACUGCACCGGAUAUAUUUUUGGAGGGGAGACGCUUUGUCUUGUGAACAAGCUUGGCUUUAUUUAGACACUCGGUUUGUAUGUCAUUUUUUCUUGUGCGUGUUUUGUUUAAUUUUGUUUUCCCUUGCCCUGAUGUGUAAUGCCAAUGCAUCAAUGACCGGGAACUGGCACUCAAAAUGACCUAGAGUAACAAUCGUGCAAAGAAAAAUGAAAUGACUUAAAUGAGCUUUUGAGGAGUGCAAUUUCCUUGGAAUACUGAAUUAAGGAAAUAAAUAAUGAAUGUAUAUUAGACAGUAGUGGAUAACAUAAACACCACUUACUGUACUGUAUAAGCUUGCCUCAGAUGAGUGAUGUGAAGGUAUAUAGCAGCAUUUCUCAGAGAUUGUCCUCUUGUAAUCUUUGUUCUUCACACCCUCUGAUAAAAGUUUUGUGGGCGUUGGCCCGGGUGAAAACUUUGCAGCUCCUUGGUGCAGAAGAUUGACCAUAUGUGAGAAUCUACACGGUUUAGAUCGACAUGUUUCCAAGUUGCAGCAUAAUCCAAAUGUAUACUCGCGUACUCUCACUGUACGAGGUGACCUUUUGCUUCCUCUGUGGAGUGGACUGUAACAUAAUCACCUCACCUUAAAGCACAAAGUUCAGUGCACACACCUUAGAUCUUCUGGAAUUUUAUCUGGAUUUGUGUAUAUGAUGAAAGUUGACCAAGGACUUGUUUGGUUCAGCACAGAGAACGAGGUGGAUAAACCGAGGGAUAAUAAAUAAGACGUUCAUAUGUGA